AUGUCUGCACAACCUCAAAAUUACUACCCUCGUGAGCCCCAUCCACCACUACUCGCCCCAUCUGCCACCUCGUUUGCUAACCAUCAAACCUCAAAUACAGCUCCUCCCGGUGCCACUCCCUCGCAACAGCCGCCGGAGAAGCAGCGUAUCUACUCGCCGCCCCCGACGACCUCACCUCCAGCCCAGCACUACGCGCCGCCGCCAUCCACCGCCUCACCACCCAUCCAACAGCAGUACGCGCCGCCCCCGACCGCGUCGCCGCCCAUGAAGCACUAUCCCGCGCCUCCGUCCGCCGCCCCGAGCGGCCAGUCUCAGUUUUAUUCUCCUCCACCGCCCUCUUCGACCGGCCCCGGCAAGCAAUAUGCCCCUCCUCCACAGGCCACGCCCUCCCCUCACUACCCACCGCCGCCCUCCGGCCCUCCUUCAGAGCAGCAGCAGCAGCAGCAGCCGCCUCAAUAUGCUAACCUCGCCAUGAGGCCCGGCACUGGUCAGACGUACCACUCCCCUCACAACUCGCAGCAGUAUGCCGAACCUCCGCCUGCCUUUUCCAGCUCCGGCGCCGCCUACCCACCUGAAAAGGCAGAUGCUCAUCAGCUACGACAGCCUCAGCCGCAGCAGCCACAGUUUGCCGCUCCUCCCACGUAUCCGCACCCGGACGGAGGAUAUCCCGCGGAGAAGGCGGGAGCAGCCGCUCAGCAGCAGCAGCAGCAGGUCACAAACCGGCCGGUCAGCCAGCUCUCUGCUCAAACCGGCGCCUCUGCCCAAGGCGCCCCGGGCGCGGCCUUUGUCGGCGCCGUGGCCACCAACGACGACGUCGGCACCUUCAAUGGCGGCAGCUACCGCAUCAGCCACCGGGACUGCAACACCAUCCUGACCAUCCAACUUGCCAUGGGUUGUCCGCUCGGCGCCAAGCCCGGCGCCAUGAUUGCUAUGUCGCCCUCCAUGACCCUGCGCGGCGAGCUCAAGUUCAGCGUCAAAAAGAUGAUUUCCGGCGCCGAGCUCGGUCAGUCCCACUACAUCGGCCCAGGCGAGCUGCUGCUCGCACCCCCGAUGCUCGGCGACAUCACCACCAUCCGCCUCGACGGCACCGCCCAGUGGACGUGCGGCCACGACGCCUACCUCGCCUCUACGCAGGGCGUCCACAAGGACCACAAGCGCCAGGGUCUCGGCAAGGCCAUGUUCAGCGGCGAGGGCCUGUUUGUCUACAAGAUGAGCGGCACCGGCAUUCUCUGGCUUGCCGAUGGUGAAAAAUACAUCAUCGAUAAUGGUCAUCUCGUUGCUUGGAACACAAAGUACAUCUUGGAGCGAGUUGCCUCUGGUGGCAUCAUUUCCAAUCUCGCCUCUGCCGAAGGUCUGGUGUGCAAAUUUACCGGCCCAGGUACCGUCUACAUGCAGACACGAAACGGUCGCGCCUUUGCUGCUUUCAUGGGCGGCCAGUCUUAUUCGGGCGUUUAG